AUGUUGACUACAGCAGAGUGGGACAGACUGCAGAGGCUCAAGACCCUCCUUAAACCAUGCAGAUAUGUGACUGAGCUCCUUGGGGGUGAGACUUAUGUCUCGUGCUCUGUUGUGUUACCUGCUCUCCGCCACCUGACCCGCACCAUGGAGUUCUCAGAUAACGACCCAGCCUAUGAUGUGAGGUUCAAGGCUGCCUUUAAAAAGGACCUGUCUCAACGCCAAGAUGCACUCAACCAUGGAUGGCUCAGGGUGGCUACAGCACUCGACCCGCGCUUUAAGGACCUAAAGUGUCUACCAAGAGGAGAGCGAGGAGGGGUGUGGACCAGCGUUGAGGCACUGCUGCAAAAAGAACCAGACAGAGCCACUCCAGAACCCACAGAGGAGCCAGCAAGGAAGAGGAGCUUCCUGCUGUUUAAUUCAGACUCUGAAUCAGAGGAUGAAGAGGGGCCCAACGGGGCUCUGGGCCACUACAGGGCAGAGCCCACCAUCAGUGAGACAGACUGCCCACUGCAGUGGUGGUCCACUCAUGAGGGGGCCCAUCCACAGCUUUCUGCCCUGGCCCGCAAGUAUCUGGGCAGCCCUGCCACUUCUGUCCCUUGCGAGAGACUUUUCUCACUGGCAGGUUACUAUGGAGACGGUUUGAAUGCCAUAAUUGUGUUCGCUGUGUGCUAUAUGCCUGAAAGCAGUCAACCAAAUUACAGAUACAUCAUGGACAAUUUAUUCAAGUAUGUCAUCGGCACACUUGAACUUUUGGUUGCUGAGAACUAUAUGAUUGUGUAUUUGAACGGGGCCACCUCAAGGAAAAAGAUGCCAACUGUCGGCUGGCUCAGAAAGUGUUAUCAGCAGAUUGACAGGAGGCUAAGGAAGAACUUGAAGUCUUUGAUAAUCGUUCAUCCCUCCUGGUUUAUUCGCACGCUGCUGGCACUCACAAAACCUUUCAUAAGCACCAAAUUUAGUCAGAAACUCCAGUAUGUGUUCAGCUUGACAGACCUUGCAGAACUGGUUCCAAUGGAGUAUGUGUCCAUACCAGAUUGUAUCAAAGAGUUUGACGAAGAAAAAAAUAGGAAAAGCCGUAAAAGAAUCGACCAGGACGCGCACGGCAAAGUGGAGAUCGCAGCGGCUGCUGUUCCAGAGUGACCCUGCUAGCCCGCACGAUGUGGAGGAGGAAAACGACGGAGAAUGUUUCAAACAGCCACUCGUAUGUUUAUGUUCUGGGCAACGUGACUGAAGACUUGUUUGCAUCAUGAAGUGCCUUUUUGAAACUGUGCUGCCUGUUACAUCGUGGGACUUUUCACAGCUUGAUCUUCAGCGUUCUUCCACUUGCUGUCUGAAAUGUUUUUAAUCUUAUUUUUAUUUACUGCCAAUAUAUCAUGUCCAACUUAGCUUAUUGGUGUCCCCUAGUUACUGGUGUAUCUACACGUUAUGUAAGGCACUCUGUUACAAAUGAUUGAUGCAUGUUCUGCUUUAUUACAUUUAAAUAUAUAUUUAUAUUCAAAAGGUGACAAAGGAGAGAAAUUAAUAUAUUUUUAUGGUUGCUCUGAUUUUAAACUGCAUUUUAGGUCUCUGACCCGUUGAGUGGCAUUUCAUUGAACACGUGUUGACAGCACCUUUUUCACUUUUCACUGCUGACGUUCUCUAUCAAAAUCCUGCCUGGGGGAAAAUAAAGUUUUAUUUUUUUCCCUUCACUCAGAAUGUGCCCUUUGAGUUGUGUAGGGAGAACAUUUGUGAGAGCAAUGAUCUGAAGCAAAGAUGUAGGUCUUAAUGUAACAUUUCCUCCAAGUAAAGUCAUGGAUUUCA